AUGUCGAAGGUAAUGCGAAGUGUGAGAAACGUCACCAAGGGUUACUCCAGCACCCAGAUCAAGGUCAGAGAAGCCACAAGCAAUGACCCAUGGGGCCCGACCGGGACACAGAUGAGCGAAAUCGCUCAGAUGACCUUCAACACAUCGAGCGACUUCUAUGAUAUCAUGGACAUGAUCAACAAGAGACUUAAUGACAAAGGCAGGAACUGGCGACAUGUGCUCAAAGCCUUGAAGGUACUGGAUUACUGUUUGCAUGAGGGAUCGGAGCUUGUGGUCACUUGGGCGAGGAAGAGUAUUUACAUCAUUAAAACUCUCCGCGAGUUUCAAUAUGUUGACGAUGAGGGCCGCGAUGUGGGACAGAAUGUGCGAGUCGCAGCAAAGGAGCUGACUUCGCUCAUUCUCGACGAAGAACGCUUGCGUGCAGAGCGCAGCGACCGGAAGUCUUGGAAGUCUCGGGUCACAGGGUUGGAAGAGUACGGCCCUCCGCCUGGUGAAUCCUCAUCCGAACGCGUGCCAGAGCGACGGUCUCAUAGGGAAAGAGGAAACGCCAAUGAGGAAGACGAUGCCGAAUAUCGUCUGGCACUCGAGGCCAGCAAAUAUCAGGAGGAGGAAGAUCGCAAGAAGAGGGAACUUCGACAGAGCACCGGCGGUGACGACGACGAUUUUGCCAAGGCUAUCAAGUUGAGCAAAGAAGAAGAGGAACGUCGACGACGCGAGCUGGAGCAAAGCAAUGCCGCUUCGCUUUUCGACGACUCCCCAACUCAAGUUACACAGCCUCAACCAACCGGUUUUAACAAUGGAUAUCAGCAGGGAAAUCAAGUGGACUGGUUCGCAAACCAGAUUGACCAGAAUCAAGUCCCGAAUCAGCAGACCGGCUACGUGGCAAAUGCUUAUACCGGCUUCCAACAAACCCAGCCAACCGGAUUCCAAAACACCUAUGGCACUGGGUUUGCGGGCCAGCCUACUGGGAUGGAUCUCUAUGCGCAGCAGCAGCAGAAUCUGGCAGCAUUCCAGCCACAACCAACGGGUUUCAACUCUUUCGCCCAGCAACCUCAAUUGCAAAUGACACAACAAAUCCCCUCACCUGUAUCAGACGGCCCCGGCUUGCAACCAGGCAGCAAUAACCCCUGGGCCACAAACAGCCCACAGCCAGCCCUGGCACCCACGCCUACUGGAUCAAACAAUCCUUUUGCACAGUUUAACAACAACCGGCCUUCAUCUGCCAAGCCUACGCUCAACAGCCUGGGUGCCGUUCCAGAACAAAAGACACUUUCUAGUUUCAACCCUAUCCAGUCACAUCAGUCACCACAACUAGGUGGCUUGGGUCAACCCCAGCAACAGCCAUUUGCUGCACCUCAAAGGGAAUUGAACGAGCAUGAGGCUAGACUGAACGAUUUGCUCGCUUCAACUGACGGUAUGGAUACAUUUGGCAACACCGGAAACCUACGUAUUCCUGCUCAACACACCGCUCCUGGCAUGUUCGUCAACAGCGCAGGCUCCGGCGUUGCCCGUAUCAACGCCGAAGCAACUGGAAACAACCCAUUCUUUCGGCCACAGUUUACAGGCAUGCCAGCCGUUUCAUAUGGUCAAUCACCUGGUGGCAUGAAUGGUCAGCCAAACAACAACCCGUUCGGCCAACAGCAACAACAGCAGCAACAGCAUGCUGGUCAAAACGACAACCUAAUCCAACUGUAA